AUGUCACAACAAGACCCCUUAGAGAAAUUUUAUAAACAGUUUCAAUCAUUUGUCCAAAAUAAUCCAAAUGUCAUCUCAGCAGCUCGUGCAGCAUCACAAAUACCUGAAUCGGCAAAGGCAGUCAUAGUUCUUUCUCCAUACUCACUUCAACAUACUUUCCCUAGAGAAUGGGUUUCCAAAUCAUAUAGGAAAACUAUUGUAGAGAGACCAGAACGUUUAUUAGCAAGCUCCAUGGGGAUUGCGGCUGCUAUAACCAUGUAUCCUGCGUUAUUUACAUUGAAAUCCUCGAACCAGAGAAUGGGUUCCAUCAUGUCGCCUCAUGUUUACAAAGUUCAUGGGAAGGAAUGGCCAAAAGAGGUAAUCCAAUUGUGUAAAGAGGCAGAUGAAAAGCUAGCAAAGGGUGAAAUAGAAGUGCCAGAAUCAUGGAAUGCAGGUGAUAUCUAUUUAAGUUCCAAGACAAUCCAAGCAUUACAGGGGACCAUUGGUGCAUUAGAAACAGGGGUGGAUUCUAUCUUUAAAGGUCCCUCAGCUGACCAUAUAAGCAAUAGAGCAUUUGUAGCUAUACGACCACCGGGACAUCAUUGUCAUUUUGCUACACCUUCAGGGUUUUGCUUGCUAAAUAAUGCACAUGUUGCCAUCGAAUAUGCCGCUGAUACAUACGGCGUCACACAUGUGGCUGUCUUAGAUUUUGAUCUACAUCAUGGUGAUGGGACACAAGACCUUUGUUGGAAACGUGCAGGUUUUAAGCCGGAUGAAGAUAUAAAUCCAAAGGAAGGUGAAUAUGAUGAUUUUGGGAAGAAGUUUGCUGAGUUCCCUAAAGUUGGAUAUUUCUCAAUGCAUGACAUCAAUUCGUUCCCAACUGAAUCUGGGUUUGCUACCAAGGAAAAUAUUAAGAACGCUUCUACAUGUUUAAUGAACUCUCAUGAUCUAAAUAUAUGGAAUAUCCAUAUGUCCAAUUGGAAUAAUGAGGAAGAAUUUGUGAAGCUAUAUCGAUCUAAAUAUAGAGUAUUAUUUGCCAAGGCAGAUGAAUACUUCAAAACAGCUAAAUUAGAGAUGGCAGCUCUAGGAAGACCUUUCAAAGGGAUGGUACUUAUUAGUGCUGGUUUUGAUGCGUCUGAGUUUGAACAGACGACUAUGCAAAGACAUGGUAGCAAUGUUCCUACUGAGUUUUACACAAUGUUUACUAAAGAUGCACUUAAAUUGGCCCAAAUGCAUUGCCAAGGAAAGGUACUAUCAUUAAUGGAAGGUGGUUAUUCUGACAAGGCAAUCACGUCUGGUGUUUUUGCCCACUUGAUCGGGUUACAAAACCAAGAUUGGAUUAAGGAAUGGGGAUCUGAACAUGUUAUAAAGGAAAUAGUUCGUGGGUGCAAGCCAGCAUGGAAACCAUACAAAACCAAGAGAUCCAAAGAUGUAAUAAGAAUCUGGGCAGAAGAAGUCAUACGAUUAGGUAGAGCAAUGAUCCCAGAAUUUGAAGAUGUCCUAUUUAAGACGGCAAAGAUAAAAACAGAAGUACUUGACAACGGACCCACUAUUGCUCAGAGAGUUACUAGGCAAUAUGCACGUACACACUCACCAGAAAGGGAAUUUUCCAAGACUGAAGUAGACGCAUAUCAGAAAAGAUCAAAUGAUCUUAAGAGAAAGGAACAUAGACAAAUGCAAUUAGGUGCCGUAACUGCAUCUAAAGCGGAGAGUGUUCCAUUUAUUCAACAGGACUUAUCGAGUGGAGAUGAGGAUGAAGAUGAAGAUUAUGUUUAUGACGAAGAAUUAAAUAAAACUUUUAAUCGUACUGUGGAAGAUAUUUCCAUUGAUGAUAUCUCCAGGCAUUUGGAAACAUUGGAAAUCACUCAAUCAGAGGAUAUGGAGACACCACAGGAAGGAUCAAAUAGAAGACACUCGCAACAUCGAAGCCAUAACGUAGACCAACGUCAACCUCGUCGUCUACAAAGCAAUGGAAUGUAUAAAAUCCCAUCAAGUACCACCACCCAGCAUCUAAAGAGUGGCCGAAAUUCCAAUGUUCCUACGUAUGAAGAUAGCGAUAUAUCCAUGGUAUCUCAUAUAUCGACGACAAGAAAACAUACUACUCGAAGUGGAGCUCGGUGGUAG